AUGGUACUAAUGAUGUCGUUGUUGUGUUUCCUGACAGACCACGUGCGGGAGUUCUCAUGUGGACUACUCUACUACCGCACAUUUCACAUGGACGAGUCCCGGGACACACUCUACGUUGGUGCCAUGGACAAGGUCAUCCGGGUUAACAUGAACAACGUCAGCCAGACCAACUGUGAGACGGACGCCAUCGUGCUGGAGCCGACCAGUGUGUCCAACUGUGUGUCCCGGGGAAAGUCUGAGCACUUCGACUGUCGUAACCACAUCCGGGUGAUCCAGCCCAUGUCUAAUAACCGCCUUUACAUUUGUGGAACCAACGCCCACAACCCCAAGGACCUGGUCAUCUAUGCCAACCUGACGCACCUGGCCCGUCACGAACACGUUCCUGCCGUCGGUUCUGGGGUGGCCAAGUGUCCCUUCGACCCCGUGGACAACAGCACGGCGGUGUGGGUGGAGAGUGGUAACCCGGGGUCGCUACCGGGGCUAUACUCCGGUACUGUGGCAGAGUUCACCAAGGCAGACACGGUUAUCUUCAGGGCAGACCUUUUCAACUUCACCACCAAGAGACGAGAGUAUCCCUUCAAGAGAACUAUCAAGUACGACUCCAAGUGGCUAGACAAGCCUAACUUCGUGGGGUCUUACGAAGUCGGGGAGUACGUGAUGUUCUUCUUCCGGGAGACGGCGGUUGAGUACAUAAACUGCGGCAAGAACGUGUACUCUCGCGUGGCUAGAGUGUGCAAGAAGGACACAGGUGGCAAGAACAUCCUGACUCAGAACUGGGCCACCUACCUCAAGGCUCGCCUCAACUGCUCCAUCCCAGGAGAGUUCCCUUUCUACUUCAACGAGAUCCAGUCUGUGUACAAAAUACCUGGCGAUGACACUCGCUUCUACGCAGUCUUCACCACCAGCAUGAACGGCCUCAUGGGCUCAGCCAUUUGCACCUUCAGUCUGGAUGACAUCCAAGAUGCCUUCCUGGGCCGCUUCAAGGAGCAGGCGACCUCUUCCUCGGCCUGGCUGCCCGUCCUCACCUCAAAAGUGCCAGAGCCGAGACCAGGCCAGUGUGUCAAUGACACCCAGACACUACCAGAUAAUGUGUUGACCUUCCUACAAUCACAUCCUCUAAUGGACGAGGCGGUAGCCCACGAGCACAACAAGCCAGUGUUCUUCAAGAGAGACCUUAUCUUCACUCACCUGGUGGUAGACAAGGUCACUGGGGGGACCUACGGACAAGAGAACACAUAUACAGUCUACUAUGCUGGAUCUUUGGAGGGCCGUGUGUACAAGGUGGUAGAGUGGCUGGAUGAUGAAGAUGUCUCACACUCUGAGCUUCUCGAUGUCUAUGAGGUCACUACACCUGAACCAAUAAGGGCAAUACAGAUUUCCAAAAAGCACAAGUCUUUAUAUGUGUCAUCUGAUGCUCGAGUACGACAAGUGGACCUGUUCAUGUGUCAUGGACGCUAUGACAGCUGUCUGCGCUGCUCUCAUGACCCAUACUGUGGCUGGGAUAAGGAUGCGAAUGUGUGCAAAUCUUAUCAGCCUGGCCUUCUGCAGGAUGUUACAGGCUCAACUCCAGGACUGUGUGAUGCUUGCAUUGCAAAGAAGAAGAUGGUAGUGACUUGGGGCCAAAGCAUUCAUUUAGGCUGUGCUGUAAAACUUCCCCGUCCCAUCUCUUUAAAAGACAUUACUUGGCACCACUACUCGAAAGAUAAGGGCAAAUAUCAAAUUAGAUACAGGCCCGACAAGUAUAUAGAGACUUCUGAACAUGGUUUAGUUGUGAUGAAUGUCAACGAGGCAGAUGCAGGUCGGUAUGACUGCAAGAUGGGUGGAGAUAUUGUUUGUUCAUAUAAUAUCACAGUAGAUGCUCAUCGCUGCUCAGCUCCAGCUCGCACGAAUGAUUUCCAGAAGGUAUAUAGCGACUGGUGUCAUGAGUUUGAAAAGUACAAACUGGCUAUGAAGACCUGGGAGAGGAAACAAGCGCAAUGUGCAAAUAGGAACAACAUUAGCCAGCAAAACAGCCAUCCCAACGAUAUAUAUGCCAGGAGUAGCCCAUUUGUCUGAUCACGUCCAAUUAUUGAAGACUCGUCUCAUAAAGCUAUAGAGGUAGAUGUGAGAGGAACUUUCCUUCCUUAUAAUGGUCAAGCAUUUGCCUGUUGUAAUUGGUUCAGCACAUGUAAUCUGUAAACCAUUGAAAAUGUGUAACUUUCUUACAGUAAACUGCCAACUAUUUAUUUUGA